ACCCACCGCUGUGGGUACUGAGCGACGCAUCACUACCUCUCCGCGUCAAGGAGGCCAGCGAGCUGCUCUGCGGCGUCCGCAGGUUUGAGCCUCCGGUCCCUGGGCGCCGCUCGAGCGGCUAGCCAAUGGCUGCUUUCCCCCGCACUCAUCGUCCCGCCUUCCGGUUUUACUGACGCCAAUAGAAAGGGCCAUCUGGCGACAGAGACCAAUGAGAGGCCGGGGCUGGGAUCCUCUGUCGCGUCGUUGAGCUGCGCAGGCAGGGCCUCCGACUCCGUUACCCGGUUACCUUGGAGCCCAGGGGGAAAAAGUGUAUCUUCGGGUUGCUAAUGUGAAUUGUGGACUACAGAUACAUAGAGAAACAGAUUGCACAGACAUGAGUAUUAUCACCAGCAUCUCAAGACUCUAAAAAUUGUUCUUCAGUCUUGUCAUGGAUUUUUCUGGGAUAAAAGAAUCAAUUAAAUUAUGUGAAUAGAGACAAUUUUCAAAGCCAUGGGGGAAAGAGAAAGAAGUCCAGAUACUGAUCAAGGAAGUAAGGCAGGCAAACACCAUUACUCUUAUACAUCAUCUGAUUUUGGAACUACACCACAGUCUUCUGGCCGGUCAUCGCUGGUCAAUCCUUCUUCACCUACAAGUAUUAAGCAAAAAAAUCCUAAAAGACAAGUUUCAGAUAGCCAAGUAUAUCACCAAGCCCCUAGGAAACCAAGCCCUAAGGGUCCUCCAAACAGAAAGGGAGCCCGAGUGGGAUUUCGCUCCCGGAGUCUCAACAGGGAACCACUUCGGAAAGAGACCGAUCUUGUUACAAAACGAGUUCUUUCUGCAAGACUUCUAAAAAUCAGUGAAUUGCAGAAUGAAGUAACUGAACUCCAGGUCAAGUUAGCUGAGCUGCUAAAAGAAAAUAAGGCUUUAAAAAGGCUUCAGUACAGACAGGAAAAGGCCCUGAAUAAGUUUGAAGAUACAGAAAAUGGAAUCUCACGACUCAUUGCUCAUCAUAACAAUGAGAUCACAGCCCUCAAAGAACGCUUAAGAAAAUCUCAAGAGAAAGAACGGGCAACUGAGAAGAGGGUGAAAGAUACAGAAGGUGAACUACUCCGGACAAAAUUUUCUUUACAGAAACUGAAAAAAAUCUCCGAAGCUAGACACCUACCUGAACGAGACGAUUUGGCAAAGAAACUAGUUUCAGCAGAGUUAAAAUUAGAUGACACCGAGAGAAAAAUUAAGGAACUAUCAAAGAACCUUGAGCUGAGUACUAACAGUUUUCAACGACAGUUGCUUGCUGAAAGGAAAAGGGCAUAUGAGGCUCAUGAUGAAAAUAAAGUUCUUCAAAAGGAGCUGCAGCAACUCUAUCACAAAUUAAAGGAAAAGGAGAGAGAACUGGAUAUAAAAAACAUAUAUUCUAAUCGUCUGCCAAAGUCCUCUCCAAAGAAAGAAAAAGAACUUGUAUCAAGAAAAAAUGCUUCAUGCCAGAGUGAUUUCACAGACCAGUGUGCGAAAGGAGUGCAAACCAGUGAAGACUCGGAGCUGGAAGAAGUUCCUUUAGCACCACAAACAGUUGUGUGUUAUGAAAACGGAUGGGAAGGACCUGAGCGCCUUACCGUGGACCUGGAAUCUCAAGGGAGAGAAGAGCAUGAAGAAGCAGGGAUUCUAAACCCAAUUGUGAAAAGGGAAGAAAAAUUAGUUAAAGAUGAAGGACUCCAUGUUGUAAAACUGAAGGUUGAGAACCUGGAGAAUGAGUGGGAAAGAGAAAUACUUGCUAAAAAACAAAAAGACAAGACAUCUUUGCUGGAGAGAGACAAAAAGGCAGCAUUGGAAACAGGAAGAUACCAAAUGGAAAUGUGCCAAAUUCAGAGUAUUGGUAGGUUAGAAGAGGAGGAAGAAAACAGACUGAAGAGAGAGAUGCUGCUUGCUAAACUGCAUGAAGUCGACAGAGACCUCCAAGGGUCUCAGAACCUGCAGUGUCCUCCUCUGCCAUCGUUACCUGAUUUGGAAUCAAAAGUGUGCUCCCCAGAGAGAAGCCCCAAAACAUACGUGUCCUCUGAUUCCUCAGAGAGAUUACCUAAUGGGCAUCAUUUGCAGGACAUCCGUCUUUUUACUGCAAACAUUGAUGAUCAGAAACCAGUAAAUAUUAGAAGCCCAGCCUCUCCAAAUGAGCUUACUUUCGGCAGUUAUGUGCCUUCAUUUGCAAGAACAUCAGGGAAAUUAAAUCCAUUUAGCCAAAAAAGUGGCUUUUUUGAUUUCCAGAGAAACAGUAUAGAGAAAUGUGGUAGAGAUAGCUUAGACUUAAUCACACGAAAAGAGAGGAAGGCUCAUCUGAUGGAGCAGCUCUUUGGCACCACAAGCAGCAGUACUUCCUCCAGAGUCAAUGACCCAGAUUCUUCGGCUGCCAGCAGAGACGACUUUGACCCUCUGAGUUUUCUCCCUGGGGACAAAAGCGGCAGGUCUAGAGAACAUGACGAAGAUGAGGGCCUUUUCCUCAGUGAAGGAAGAAGCUUUAACCCAAAUAGACACCGACUGAAACAUGCAAACACUAGGUCAGCAGUAAAGGCAUUCGGUUCUGGAGAAGAUGAAAUCGAGGAAGUAGCGCUGAGGUGACUGAUCCCGGUCGCAUCCCCCAGUUGCAGAUGUUGAAGUAUUGUAAUAUGCAUUUAUAAAUACUUAGACUUUCAAUAUUAAAGGUCCUAAAGAGUGGUUUGUAAUAGACAGAUUCAGUACAAAUAAGUGGAUCAUAAUGCAUCAUACAGCUAGUUUGCCAACAAUGAAGGAGGCUUCUUUGAAUGGAAAUGAAAAUAGAGAUGUAUCUUACUUGGUUUUGACUUUUUCUUUACAAAUAGGUUUUGCCUCUUAGAUCAGCCAUAUGGGAAGUUUUACCCCAUGGAGCGCAUAUUCAUUUAUUAUUUUUAUCCCUAUUUAUUUACUUAUUUUUGGUCAGAACCUGAGUUAAGUACAAUCUUCCCGAAGAUUGUUGAACAGAAAUUAAGAGCGAGAGGCUCUGUGUGGAAGUACAGCUCCCAAGUGGUGAACCAGGGCUCUGGUGCUGCUGAGAACCCUGCCCUCUAUGGAUGGGGCGGGAGUCCCAUGCGUACAUGGCAUGGCUUAGCUGGAAGCAGUGACAACAUUGGAAUUUCCCUUUCCUCUGGAAGUAGCCACAGUUAAAUGCUAACCAUUUCCCAUUACAAGUCCCACUAAGUCACUUUCCUAAAACUGUGCCAGCACAUUAGGUGGAUUCAGAGGACAUUUGUCUGUUUGCAUGGACAGGUGCCUGCGUGGCUCCCAGAGGCUCACACAGUGUCAUCACUAGUCCCUGUCCUUGUUCCCUACACUGUGUGUAUCAGUGAUGGUGCGAGAUUUCCUGCCCAACCACAGGGAACAAGAAAUUUCAUCUGAUACAGAAGGAUUUUCAGCUCAGUAUUUUUCUAGAGUAAUGAAACUUGGAAGUUUUAAUACUUUUUAGAUUUGCGCUACAGACAAGUCAGUGGACUGUGGUGGUAUAAUGCUUGUGGACGGCCUUGGGUAGCAGUGUUGAGAUGUGCCUGCUGCCUUGCUGCUGGGUGGGCGGUCUCCUGCUGAAAUGCUUUGGUCCUUGCUGUCUGUAGCUCACUUCAGCUGCAAAGGACCGGUGACCUUGGGUCAUGCUGGGGAUGAUUGGCCUUUAAGAAGCAGUGAUGCACCACCGACGAGCAGAGAACACUGUUCGGAGGAAGAGUGGUGGAAUAGUGUGUCAGGAAGAAUGAAAAAGUGUAGAAUGACACUUAGCUCUAAAACAAGCUUUUUUUCCCCAAGAAUUUACUGUGUAUUUGCUUGUAAUAUGAUUUCUGAAGCCGAGCAUACAGAGCGAUGAGGGGACUAGAGUUACUGUUUUCCCUUGAAUUCUUAUCAAUGCUUAUUACUGGAUAUAAUUUCAUAACUAUUUGACAAGACUUACCUGAUUAAAAUAUAUACCACCUAUCAUCAUCUAAAUUGUGUUCCUAUUAUUAAUUUGGAAGUGUACCUCCCAAAAGUGGUAAACUAUGUUUUAAAAUUUUGUUAAUAAAGAGAUUUUUGUGUCUAAUAUAAAUAAGCAUUUAGUAUGUUGCACAUCAUUCUAAUAUGUGUACACCACAAUAUUACUGUAAUGCAGUUUUUGAUAAAAUAUGAUGUAUUGCUAAUUUUGUUCACAGCUGCUAAUUUUUUACCAAAACUAUUCUAGUUUUUAGGUUGUUUGGUUUUAAAGCCUUUUUAAAAAGCCUUUCAGUGAAGUUUUAUAUCGAGGUCAUUUUUAUUAGUCAAUUGCUUUUUUCUACCUGGUGUUUUUUUCUAGCCUCUUUCACUAUAUGCAACAUGACAGAAUUAUUAAAAUUAAACCUAAACUUAAAAUCAAGUUUUAGACAUUGUAGCAUUACUGUUUUAAGCAUUAAGAUUGGAGAUUAAAAUGUUCAGAAUAGAUUUUUCUUCAUGAACAGUGAAACAUAUUUUUUCUAAAUGUCAAGUUAAAUUUGUUUGUGCUCAGGACUCUUAAUAAAAAAAUUUUUUU